AGUAUUAGUCGCCGAGGGCAGGGCUCCGCGCAGGAGCGCCCGCCGCCCGGACCGUAAAAGGCUGGAGCGGGCGGGGUAGGUGUGGCUCUGCCUGCGCGACUUGAGCGCUGGGCUCGGUCGCCGUCGUCUCUCGAAGCCUUGAACUCUCAGCCAUGGGCGCCGUCUGGUCCGCCCUGCUGGUCGGAGGAGGUCUGGCCGGAGCGCUUUUCGUUUGGCUGCUGCGGGACACGGGAAAGAACGCGGACGCGGAGCAGGAGGACGACCCUUCUGGGGAGGCUGCGGCGUCAGCGGGAGGCGAUCAGGGUGCUGGCGGCGGACUGACGCCGGGACCUUCCAGCGGGGAGCUGGGCAGCAAACCAGAGCAUCUUCAUGAAAGUAAUGGAUGUUUGGUUUCAGAGACCAAAGGUCAUGGUAACCUGCACGAAGCAGCAGCAUGCAGAAUGCAAAGCCCUGGACAAGGUGGUGACUCUGACAAUUCAAAGGAGCGUGUUCCUUCUGCACAGUUUUCAGACACAGACUCUCUAGCUACAUCUAAGACUGGUAACUAUAGAGGUUACUCUGAAGCGCCAAGAAAUGAAAGCUUGAAGGGAGAAUGGGGAUUCCAAAGAGGACAAGAGACACCUGCUAAAGCAGCUCCAUAUUUUGCAGAGAAGUUGCCUUCCAGCAACCUGGUCAUGGACAGAGCUAAAAAAGUGAACCUUGGACAGUUGGACAGUCAGGAAACUGAUGACCACGAGAACUGGGAAAUGGUGUCCAGGCACUCAUCUUGGGGAGAUACUGGUUUGGGUGGCAGUCUUGAGGCUUCACUGUUAUGCCCAAACCAGGGAACAGACUAUGGCAGAAGCACUGUUGUGGAAGCAAGAGGUCAGGAAUUGGAAGUGAAACCAAAAAGGGUAGUAGCAAUGUCUUCAGAGUCUCAGCACAUUAAUGUCAGGUUCCAGGUCCAUUAUAUCACAAGCACUGGUGUGGAGUUCAUUGCAGUGACUGGAGACCAUAAGAGUCUUGGGAGCUGGAACACUUACGUCCCACUCCAGUAUAGCAAGGAUGGGUUCUGGUCUCGUUCUGUGUCCCUGCCAGCAGACACAGUGGUGGAGUGGAAGUUUGUGGUGGUAGACAAUGGGAGAGUUACCCGCUGGGAAGAAUGCAGCAAUAGGUCCCUAGAGACUGGACAUGAGGAUAAAGUGGUUCACAAGUGGUGGGGGAUUCACUGAUUCAGUUUACAAAGUACUGGAGAGGGUAAGCUUGUGGAGCACCCUGAGUAAUUUAAAAUAAAGCAAGUGUAGCUCCAAAUUUAGCCAUCAGAGUUGUUCCAAAUUUGCUAGUGACUUUUGUGUAAUGAGUGGAAAUACGUACACGUAGAUAAUGCUUCCAGUGAGCAUGUAAUUUUCCUCUGGCAUUGGUGGAUGGGUUUGUGCUGGUCCAUCACUACUUUAGGACUUGGACCUCUGGGCAAGUGCACUGGCUAAGUUGUGAACUGGUCAGGGAGCACAGAAACUAACUAGAUGAACAGGGUUCAAGCUUGAGCCUCUGGGUGAUCCUUCAUCAAGGGAUUGAAGCAAGCCUCAUUCAAAAAGAACUAAUUUCCUACAAGUCCAGGUGGAGAAAUGCUCUUUACUACAUGUAUACUUUUUAUUUAAACAUGUUAACACCAUAUAGAACUGUGAUCAGAAAAUAGCUGGUCAGUAGUUGUGAUUAUCAAGGAUAUGUAUGAGGUAGUGCAUUAAGAUUUCCCAAUGUUUUUUCUUGGCUUUACAUGCCAGGUAUGGUUUGAAGGUAGCAAAUAUGUCUUUGUUUUAAUGAUGGAAGGCUGGUGUAGAAACAGGGGCCUAAUCAGUCCAUCACUGGAGCAGGUCACAAGGAGCAGGGUGAGGGUGUAGCCUGAGCAAGCCUGAGUGGUACCUCUUGGAGGGCUGGGAGGUACAGCCUGACUGCAGGGAAGGGCACACCCAUUAUUUAUUCAUGGGGCCCUUGUAGGUCUCUCUUCACCACCCCUCCCCACUCACACCAGAACUGGACAGACAGAUGGACUAUCCCACAGCAGUCAUCUCUCCCUUUCCCCCAUCCUUGCAUACAGUAGCUCUCUUGGGUAACAACUCUAAGAAGACAGUGAUUUAGAAGUACAUCUUUGCUCUGAGAUCCAUUUCAACUUAUUAUUAUAACUAAAUAAAGCCUGAAUUUUAGUAUCUUUAUUAAA